AUGGAUCCCUUCUCGACCUCUUAUCCCGUCUUUCUCUCACCUGCUCUGCCAUCCGAGCUACUGAGCUUCGUUUUGAAUCACUGCACCUAUCCAUCGACACUCAUCAUCUGCUCUGACAAAGCACAUUUCAUCUCCUCUCUUGUGGAAGAUUUCAAACAGCAGCAGAACCACACCUCUCAACAACCACAGCAGCCAGCCUUUGCACCACCACCACAUCAUACCACAGCAGCAGCUCCAUCCAACCCUCCACAACGGCCACAAUACCAUCCAACAAAAACUCUCCACAAGUACAGUUCCGCCAUAGCCCACGAAGCUCAACAUCACCGAGAUGCCUAUGGCGGCUCAAGACCAGCACUGGCCCACAAGCCCAAGUACAACAAGCCCCACCCUCUCCUCACCAACACCCUCCACACUCUCGCCGUAUCACGACACAUAUGCACCGUCUUCAUCCCAACCGUGACACACCUGCGCGCCUUUCUCUCCGUCUUUUCCCUAGCACAACCAGUCACGAGCAGCAACAGAAGCAAGCUCCCACAACCACUACCUCCUCCACGACGCAACCGUGACAGUGGAACAACUGGAACUGGAACCCUUCCCAUACUGGUUGUGUACGAUCUGCUUGGUUUGCAUCGCGCCACGAGCGAAUGGAGUGCACAGGGACUGAGCAGCACUGUUGCGACGCUGGUUGAAGCGGGGAAGAGGGAGGGGAUGAGGCUUGUUGUUGUGGAACGGAAAGGUCAUGGCAGCAGAGGGUUCGACCCUAGCAGACCGGGAGACGACGUUGAGAUGAGUCAAGACACAGAGUUACCCUCCCGUCUCGACGAGAUCGAUGAGAUGGAGUUAAAGGCCCUCCUGGAAGAGAGGCUCCCGGUUGUGAACAGCGCAACGUUAAGAGGUGCUAUCGCCCAGAAUUGGGCUGCCGGAAGGACCGUGGAACUAGGGCGAGUACUGGGCAGAUGGUUUCGCUUUCGGCGCUGGGAGUGGAAAGGACACCGGGUGUAA